AUGGAGACACCAGACCUAAUAUCCACUUGCCCAUCGCCAAGCAACAGCUUUGAGCAAUGUCGAUGCACACCCAAGGACAAAGAAGCCCUAGUCGAGGAGGACAAGCUACCUCCUCAGGACCGCGGUAUACAGGCAUGGCUGUUCUUGGCAGCAUCUGCUAUGAUAGAGGCUUUAGUUUGGGGGUUCGCGUUUUCUUUCGGUGUGUUUCAAAGUUAUUACCGGACACAGGACGCCUUUAAAGACUCGAAAAUGGUAGCACUGAUCGGAACGUGUGCCACGGGUGUUGCCUACCUAAGCUGUCCUCUAACAAUCGUGGCGAUGAUCUUGCUUCCGGGUAUGACUAGGUGGUUCUCAACGAUCGGACUGGUCAUCAUGAGCCUAUCACUCGCUACAGGCUCUUUUGCAACGAAUGUGAGCCAUCUCGUUCUAUCGCAAGGAAUCGCUUUUGGACUUGGUGGCUGUAUAGCAUAUAGCCCGUCGAUAUUGUUCAUGCCGGAAUGGUUCGUCAAACGAAGAGGACUCGCUUUUGGUAUGGUCUGGGCUGGCUCUGGACUCUCUGGAAUCGUCUUUCCACUACUUUUGGAGAAACUUCUGAGCCGAUUCGGGUUCCAGACCACUCUAAGAAUCUUGUCUGUGCUGGUUUUCGUGCUGGCCGGACCUUUCUUAUACUUCCAUAAACCCCGGAUUCCAAUCAACGCCUCUCGCCGCCUAACGUUCCGAUUUUUGUUCAACAAAGUAUUUGUUGUCUACCAGGCCGGAAACAUUUUCGAAGCGCUCGGGUUUUUCUUGCCCGCCCUCUAUCUUCCAAUUUUCGCUCAAGCUAUUGGUACUUCCACAUUCUUCUCUUCGUUCACAGUCACAGCUUUCAAUUUGGCAUCUAUCUUCGGCAGCGUCUCCAUGGGAUUCUUGUCGGAUAGAUUCCAUGUACAAAACUGCAUCUUAAUUGCUACUGUGGGAGCGGCAGUCUCUAUCUUCCUUCUUUGGGGGUUUUCAGUAAAUAUUCAAGUCUUGUUGUUGUUCUCUAUUACAUAUGGCCUAUUUGCAGGCAGUUACUCCGCGACCUGGUCGGGAAUGAUAAACGAAAUCCAACGAGUCGACCCAAACUCCGACCCGACGAUCAUUUUCUCAUUUAUUGCACUCGGCCGUGGGAUUGGCAAUGUUGUUAGUGGACCCUUCAGUGAGGCACUCCUCGAAGCAGAUAGUUGGAAAGGACAUGCGUGGGGCGCAUAUGGUAGCGGAUUCGGUCUUCUUAUUCAAAACAAGCCCGGCGAGGAUGUUGUCUUCGGCGCUGUUGUUGUGGCCUCGGUCAUCUUUCACGCCGUGUUCCCCUCAUCAUCCACGUCGAUCAACCCUACGCAUCGCUGA